AUGGGGAGUGCUGUUCCCUGUAAUGAAUCCGUGGUUUGUGAUGACGGAAGCACCUGCUGUAAAUUGCCAGCGGGAACAUGGACCUGUUGUCCUUUACCUGAGGCCGUGUGCUGUGAGGACCACCUGCACUGCUGUCCCCAUGGUACCAUUUGUAACCUGGCAGCCUUCACAUGUGAUUAUGCUACAGGCAACGCUUUGGUGCCCUGGCUUGCCAACACACCCGUCUUCCCCUUACUGACUGACAACAACAAGUGUGAUGAAUCCACAUCAUGCCCUGGAAGCUCCACCUGCUGCAAGACGGCAGGUGGAACCUGGGCCUGCUGUCCUCUGCCUCAGGCUGUUUGCUGUGACGACCGCAUCCACUGCUGCCCUUACGGCACCGUGUGCAACCUGGAGGCUAAAACGUGUGACAACCCGACUGGUUCCCCAGCGGCCAUCCCCUGGCUGGAAAAAGUCUCUGCUCUGACCGUUUCAGAUGAGAAGUGCGACCAGCAGACCAUAUGUCCGAGAGGCUCCACCUGCUGUAGGAGCAACUCUGGACAGUGGGCCUGCUGCCCCUUACCUCAGGCUGUGUGCUGUGACGAUCAUGAGCACUGCUGCCCCAAAGGCUACAGGUGUAAUGUGGCUGAGCAGACUUGUGACAAGCCUGGAGGCCUGAGCCUGCCCUGGCUGCAGAAGGAGCCCAGCCAGGCUGUGUCCAGUCCAGGUCGGCCAGCCGGGACCAGGUGUGACACCCAGACCAGCUGCCCAAAGGAUACCACCUGCUGCUUCAUGGACAAGAGUACAUUUUCCUUUUUUGAGGAGCAGUGA